GAAAGUCGACCGGUCGGUCUAGGCACGCACAUCGAUGCACGGAAUCGGAUCGACAAAUCAUUCAUCAGCCCCCCAUCUUCCGAACGUCGAUUCCCGUCUAGCAGUGACACCCGAAGAGGCAUUUCGUCGAACACCUUCUGCUCAACGCGGCGAUGGGCGAUCCCCAACCCUUGAUACUCGUCAAGCGCGACCCGGACGGCGUCGCCUCCGUCACGAUAAACCGGCCCAAGUCCCUGAACUCGCUGACCCGGCCGAUGAUGGUGGACCUCGCCCGGGCAUUCCGGAGCCUGGGCGCCGACGAGUCUGUCCGGGCCAUCGUGCUGUCCGGGUCGGGCCGCGCGUUCUGCUCCGGCGUGGACCUCACGGCGGCCGAGGACGUGUUCAAGGGCGACGUCAAGGACGUGGAGACGGAUCCCGUCGCUCAGAUGGAGCGUUGCCCGAAGCCGAUCAUCGGCGCCAUCAGCGGGUUCGCGGUGACGGCCGGGUUUGAGAUCGCGCUCGCCUGCGACAUCUUGGUGGCCGCUAAAGGAGCCAAGUUUAUCGAUACUCAUGCCAGGUUCGGGAUCUUCCCUUCGUGGGGUCUCUCUCAGAAGCUUGCGCGCAUCAUAGGACCCAAUAAAGCUCGCGAAGUUUCUCUUACCGCCAUGCCUCUUACUGCCGAGCAGGCUGAGAGAUUGGGGUUUGUAAACCAUGUGGUUGAAGAAGGCCAGUUACUGAAGAAGGCGCGAGAUAUUGCCGAGGCCAUCAUCAAGAACAACUAUGACUUGGUUUUGAGGUACAAGUCGGUCAUAAACGAUGGCUUCAAGCUGGACCUAGGCCAUGCGCUUGCAUUAGAGAAGGAAAGGGCCCAUGAAUAUUACAAUGGGAUGACCAAGGAGCAGUUCAGGAAGAUGCAAGAAUUCAUAGCGGGACGGAGCUCAAAGAAACCUGCUGCCAGAUUGUAGAGGACACAGCAUGCAUGCUGUGUAACCUCCCGUUUAGUUUGUACUUUGCAAUAAAGUAGCGUAAGAUCUGUUGCAAUCUCAAA